UAUAUGUGAUAAAGAUAUUAAUAAACGAUGCAUAUAAUUAAUUGGUAAAAUUGUUAACAUAAACAUAUAUAACAAAAAUUAUGUAAAUAAAAUGGUUGCAAACAUAGCAGCUGAUAUGACCGGAUCCAUAUACCAUGAGAGACAAGUGAAAGAGCUUUGCGCAUUACAUGCAUUAAAUAAUUUAUUUCAAGAAAGAGGAUUUAGUAAACAGGAAUUAGACCAAAUUUGUUAUAGCUUGAGUCCAGAUGUAUGGAUAAAUCCCCAUAAAUCACUGUUAGGACUUGGUAAUUAUGACAUUAAUGUUAUUAUGGCGGCACUACAACGAAGAGGACGCGAAGCAGUUUGGUUUGAUAAACGCAGAGAUCCAAAAUGUCUGUGUUUAGAUAAUAUUGAAGGUUUUAUAUUAAAUGUACCAACAGAAUAUAAAUUAGGAUUCGUAUUACUACCCUUGAAAAGACGACAUUGGAUUGCCCUGAAGAAAAUUCAUGGUGCCUUUUAUAAUCUUGACUCGAAACUUGAUUCUCCUCAGCUUAUUGGGAAAGAAAAUGAUUUACUUAUAUAUCUAAAGGACCAGAUAGACAGUAAGGAAAAGGAAUUAUUUCUUGUCGUAUCAAGGGAGAUAGAUAAUAAUCAAGGAUGGCUAAUAAAUACAUAUGCAAAUAAAGAAGGGAUUAAUACAGAUCAUGAUAGUAUCACGUACAUUGAAGAUGGCUAUAUGGAAAUGAAUUUGAAGAAAGAAGUGUCUGCAGAAAUGAAUGAAAAUGAAAAAUCAUUAGAUAACAAAAAUUCUAGGUAAUUAAAGACCUUUUAAUUUACUUAAUCUAUGUAUUCAAUGCUUCAGGCCAAAAUAAAUUAAAGGUUAAAGCGACAAUAGUCCAUUAAUAAACAAAGUUCUAUGUUCAAGGAAUUGAAAAGAGAAGCGAAAGUUUACAAAUUAUAAAUGUUACAUACAAAUUUUCUUGCACCAAAGAAAAGGAUGUAACUAUUUCAUUCUAUUUAAGUCAACACCAUUUGAUUGAGAUAUGUGAUUGUGUUCUUAAAUUCGUCAUAUUUUUAUAAAAACGAAGAAAAUUUUAGCAUGAUAAAAGAUAAAUAAUGGCGCAAUUAUGAAUGCAUAAUAUGUUGCCAAUUAUUAAUAUUUAUAUAGAUUUUUUAUAAAUCGUUAUUACGAUAAAUUAAUAUAUGUAUAUAUAUUGUUAUUUAUUUCACAAAUAUUUUAUCUACAAUAAUUUGCAGUUGUGAAAUCAGAAUUUCGUGUAUUAAUUCGUUAUUUAUUUACAACACUUGUAUUCUUUUAAUAUUGUCUCGUCAGUAUUAUUUAAUGCGCAUCCUUAAAUACUAUAUUAAAUUAAUAGAUUGUUCUAUCAAAGUAUGUACAUUGCUUUGUUUAAUUAAUAUUUGGUGAUUGAAGCGAGGUUAAUUUAUCACUCCAUAGAUAAAUAAACUACAGAAUAUAGAAUUAUAAUAUUGCUGCACUGUUAGACAAGUGUUAUACUCUAGUAUCUUUUUCUAAAAAAUUUCGUUCUUUCUUAGUAUUUGUUACUAGUCACGCUAGAUUAUUUAAUAAAACAAUGUGAAUAACUAUAAAAGACAAUCUUUUAUACUUUCAACAUGAACAUCGCAAUACAAAUAUGCAAGAAUGAAACAUUAAUCGGUAUACAAUCUAUGUACCCUUUUAUAUUUGCUGUAUAUUUCAACAACGUAUUUAAAGACUCAGUUGUACGAUUAUUAUUUUGUAACGAGAUACACCUCUUAUUCACUAUACUAUAUGUUCCAUUUUUCCGAAUAUCUAUAUUUAAUAAAUUUGUUGUUUAAAUAA